UUUGUUUUUUAAAUUCCGUAAUAACGAGGCGUAAGAUAAACCAUUGUUGUUUAACUUAUCCAGUUUGCCCUCCAGUCUCGCGUGAUGUGAACUUACGUCCCGCGGUGACGUCACAGUCUGGUUGCCACAGCGACGCUCGGCGGUUCGAAACAGAAGCGGACUUCCAGAUAUUUAAACUCACCCGUGGCCUUCCAGAAAUGUCUAAGAAGAGACAAGCGAGAGACAAAGCCGAGGUGACGACCGUGGAGGAAGAGAAAAAUGCAGGAGAUAUUUCUAAUAACACGUCGCCUGCCCAAACCUUUGAUGGAUAUCAGUGCACAGGGAAUGUGGAGACUGACUUCCCAGCACUUUGUACUCUAUUGGACAUUAAAGACUUCCCGCUCGUCAGGACUUUUCAACCAGCAACCUCACCUUCCACCUCUGACACUGAUGGGGAGAACUCGGUAAACAAAAAUUGCCAGAAAAAUGGUGCAGCUUCAUGGUGGAAACAGCGCCUCCAAGUGGAACUAGAGAAUGAAGACCCAUUAAGUGCCAAGAGUAUAACGGCCUCUGGAUGGAAGAUCGAUGAACAGAUGGUCAUGGUGCUGCAGAAGAUCUUUCCUUCCUUGACCAAUUUACACCGUGUGUAUUUUUGGCAGACAGGACUUACAGACCAGAUGGUGAAGUCUGUCCUGAACACACUGCUGCUGUGCUCCAAUCUGAGGAUUGUGGCGUUGGAGGGAAACCCUCUCCCAGAACAGAGCUUCCACUGUCUUCUCUCUGCAGACAGUGUCCUCACCCAUGUGUCCCUAAGGAACAACGGGAUAGAUGAUAACGGUGCUCGUCUGAUCGGGUCUGCUCUCUCCACGAGUAAAACCUCUAACAGGAACCUCCUGUCACUGAGCCUGGCAUUCAAUUCUAUAGGAGACGAAGGCGCUGCUCAUAUCGCUAAGGGUCUGAGGUUCAAUCGUUCUCUGCUCUUUCUGUCACUGGCCCAAAAUCUGAUUGGAGACUCAGGAGCAGCUCAUCUGGCUGAGGUUCUUGGUGAUUUUGCUCUAACUCAUGAAGAAGUUGUGGAGAGGAGGAAACAGCUUCUGGAGAGAAGGAAGUCAUUACCUGUGAGGGCAGACUCUGAACACACACCUCCAGACAAACCUGCCUCAGUAUCCAGCAGCUCUUCAGUGAGCUUCAGCAAGAGUGAGAAGAAAGAGCCGGCCAAGAAAAAGGGGGCGCCAAAAAAAGAGGAGAAACCCGUUGCCAACAAAGAGAAGCUGAAGUCUGGCAAGAAAGCUUCUGAAAUAAAGGCAUCUCAGAGUAAAGGCAGGAAAAUGGGAGACAAGAAUAAGCAAGGAGCUUCACUGGAGGUGCUAUCAACUACUUCACUGACAGAGCAUCAGGUAGACACAGUGAAGAUAGAGCACCCUCUGCUGGAUCAGACGCCACAGCACAGGCAGGGACAACUGUUUCUGCCUGGAAACAACAUGCUGGCCUCCCUGGACCUGGCAGGAAACAGAAUCACAACCAAGUCACUGCCAUCGUUCCUGACUUCAGUGGAGAUGCAGGAGGAGAAAGGUGGUCUGCUGCGUCUCUGUCUGCAGAGGAAUAAAUUCCCAACGGAGUGUGAAUCCUAUGUGAAGUUACAGGAACUGUUGGCACCCAGGCUGGAGAAGGAGCUGUGGAAGCCAGAUGCAGACAAGGGGAAUGGAACUGUGUAGAACUGUGACAUUGGAUUCAGUGAAAAUGUUGGACUGGACAACAUGAAUUAGCUCCAACGACAGGUAUAAAGAAAAUAAAGGGAGGAGGGAUUUAUUUUUUGUGGCAUUGGGUUUGAAGGGAGCAAGACUCAAAGUAUAACACCAUAUUCUUUGACAGUCUACUUGAAACCAUGGACUGUCACAGCGUGGAGAUCACACUGAGUGGAAGACAUUAUAACUACUUUGAUAAUCCUGUAAUCUCAGAACCCAACAUGAAUUGUCCUUUUAUCACUGUCUCCUUUUAUGUCCAUUCACCUUCAUUCAUCAACCAUCAAUCUGGAUAGCAGCUCUAAAACACCAUUAUUAAACAGUAAUCUCUG